AUGAUGCUGGUGGUGAUGGUGCUGGUAGAAACGGAGAUGAUGAUGAUGGUGGUGGCUGUGGAUUCAGACGAUGUCUUCACCAAAGAGGAGCAGAUUUUCCUGUUGCACCGUGCGCAGGCCCAGUGUGACAAGCUUCUGAAGGAAGUCCUGAGAAGGGCAGCCAACAUCAUGGAGUCAGACAAAGGAUGGACAGCUGCAUCCACAUCCGGGAAACCCAGGAAAGAGAAGGCUCCUGGCAGGCUCUACCCGGAGUCUAAGGAGAACAAGGAAGUGGUCCCUGGUUCCAGGCGCCGAGGGCGAACCUGUCUGCCUGAGUGGGACAACAUCGUAUGCUGGCCGCUUGGGGCCCCGGGUGAGGUGGUGGCUGUCCCCUGUCCUGACUACAUUUAUGACUUCAAUCACAAAGGUCAUGCCUACCGUCGCUGUGACCGCAAUGGCAGCUGGGAGGUGGUGCCCGGGCACAACCGGACCUGGGCCAACUACAGCGAGUGCCUCAAGUUCAUGACCAAUGAGACGCGGGAACGGGAAGUGUUUGACCGCCUGGGCAUGAUCUACACCGUGGGCUACUCCAUGUCCCUGGCGUCUCUCACCGUGGCCGUGCUCAUCUUGGCCUACUUCAGGCGGCUGCACUGCACCCGGAACUACAUCCACAUGCACAUGUUCCUGUCGUUCAUGCUGCGCGCCGCCAGCAUCUUCGUGAAGGACGCCGUGCUCUACUCGGGCUUCACCCUGGACGAGGCCGAGCGCCUCACGGAGGAGGAGCUGCACCUCAUCGCGCAGGUGCCCCCGCCGCCGGCGGCCGCCGCCGUGGGCUACGCGGGCUGCCGUGUGGCCGUGACUUUCUUCCUUUACUUCCUGGCCACCAACUACUACUGGAUCCUGGUGGAGGGGCUGUAUUUGCACAGCCUCAUCUUCAUGGCCUUCUUCUCCGAGAAGAAGUAUUUGUGGGGUUUCACCAUCUUCGGCUGGGGUGUACCUGCCGUGUUCGUGGCUGUGUGGGUUGGCGUCCGAGCAACUCUGGCCAACACUGGGUGCUGGGACCUGAGCUCUGGGCACAAGAAGUGGAUCAUCCAGGUGCCUAUUUUGGCUUCUGUUGUGCUCAAUUUCAUUCUCUUCAUCAACAUCAUCCGGGUACUUGCCACCAAGCUACGGGAGACCAAUGCCGGCCGGUGUGACACACGACAACAGUACCGGAAGCUGCUCAAAUCCACGCUGGUACUCAUGCCCCUCUUCGGCGUCCACUACACCGUGUUCAUGGCCUUGCCGUACACCGAGGUCUCAGGAACUCUGUGGCAAAUCCAGAUGCACUAUGAGAUGCUCUUCAACUCUUUCCAGGGAUUUUUUGUCGCCAUCAUCUAUUGUUUCUGCAAUGGUGAGGUACAGGCUGAGAUCAAGAAAUCUUGGAGCCGCUGGACACUGGCAUUGGACUUCAAGCGCAAAGCACGCAGCGGCAGCAGCAGCUACAGCUAUGGCCCCAUGGUGUCUCACACAAGCGUGACCAACGUAGGCCCCCGUGCGGGACUCAGUUUACCCCUCAGCCCCCGCCUGCUGCCUGCCGCUACCACCAACGGCCACUCCCAGUUACCUGGCCAGGCCAAACCAGGUCCCCCAGCUCUUGAGACUGAACCCACUCCGGUCACCAUGACUGCUCCAAAAGACGAUGGAUUUCUCAACGGCUCCUGCUCAGGCCUGGAUGGAGAGGCCUCGGAGCCCACGCAGACACCCCCACUGCUGCCGGAAGAGUGGGAGACCGUCAUGUGACUAGGGGGGAGCUGGACGUCUAAGCUGGGUGGAUGGACUCCCAGAAAGACUGGUGGUUGCCUGGCUGUCCCUUUGGGGGGGACCAGGCCAGGAGGAAACAUUGGGGAGAGAAAAGAAAAAGAAAAAAAAGAAAAAAGAAAAAAAGGGAAAAGGAAGCGGCGUGUGACUUCCUGUGGUUUUACGACUGGAGAGUCACGCGAGGAGGGAGACCCUGGAGGAGUUUUGGGGAGCCAUCUCAGGAGUUGGCAUAGGGGCUGGUUUUGGUUUUUGUGUGGCAAAUAUGGGUGCCAGGUGGGGCUUGAACUCGGGGCCCUGG